CAGAUUUAUCGUAAAUCCGAUUGCCAAGUCUCGAAAGAAAACACUGGACGUCGAAGAACCGGUUCAAGAUCCCGGCCUUGUUGAAGACUCGGUUGGUCUUGUUGGCAUUGACGAGGAGGCAGCUAAGACUUGGAUAUAUCCAGGUCAUCUUGAAUUCCGAACUGAUUUUGAUUUCUAUUGUUUUGGGAUUCUUAUCCAUUCAUUUUGGAGUUAGUGAAGCGGACACCCUAGACUUUAGGCAAUUUGCUUGUUGAAAAUACCAUCUAUGUCCACUUUAUUUUGCAUCUUCAUAGGCUCGAAGGCCAAAGGAUUGUCAACUAACUCACUGUAAACCGAUCCAGCACUUGCUGGUUCAUAUAUAUAACCGCUAAAGAUUCCACUUGCUUUUUUGCAUCUCUUCAAUCCUAAAAUUAUAUUUUAUUUUCCCAGUACGUCAAAUUCAAGGAGCAUCAUGAAUAUUAGAUUUCUUAAAUUCACUGAACACAAGCUUGUCGUUUUCAAGCAAGUAUAAAGUCACGAGUAUAAAUACCCCCCAUCUAGAUCUUACAUGAUUUUAUAAUUUUGAUGAACAAAUAUUUUAAUCAUCCCGUCAUAAAGAAAGGACUUAAUUUGUCUAUAAUAUCGAGGUCGAGGUCGAGGUGUUUGUUUCAAUCCAUAUAUUUUUCCUCAAUUUAUAAACUUCCUCUUCCUUCCAUUUUUUGUUCAUAUUUCGGAGGUUGCUCUACGAAAGCCUCUCCACUUGUUUCUCAAAAUUGGGAUGAAUUCUUUGAAGACUCAAGAGUGUCAAGACAAGCUCGUACUAUAUCAGAUCACUUCCCUCUCCUUUUUGAAGCUGGUGCUUUUGAAUGGGGUCCCUCCCCUUUUAGAUUCUGUAACAGCUGGUUAAAAAAUAAGGAAUGCUGUCGGAUAAUUGAAAACUCUUCGUUGAUAAAAGGGCAGCAGGAUUGGGCUGGUUUUGCCUUAUAUUCCAGACUAAGAAGGGUAAAACAGAGUGUUAAAAGGUGGCUGGCAGAGCACGAAAAAGACCAGAAAAUCAGAGAAGAAUCUCUGCUGAAAGAAAUCAAGGAGAAAGACCUCCAAGCCGACACCCUUGAGAACUUUUCAGCAGAAGAAGAUGUGAGAGUAUCUUUAAAGGCUGACCUAUUAUCUCUUUACCAAGCAGAGGAAAGAGACCUAAUUCAAAAAAGUAAGCUGAACUGGCUACUAUUGGGGGAUGAGAAUACUUCCUUCUUUCAUCGUUUCCUUGCAGCUAAAAGAAGGAAAAAUCUUAUUGCUGAAUUAUUUAACGAACAAGGAUUGCCAACCAAAUCUUUCAGAGAAAUAGAAACAAUCAUUUUGGAUUUCUUUUCCAAUUUAUACACAAAAUGCACGGGUACUCGUUCAAUACCUUUGAAUAUGGCUUGGUCAAGAGUUUCAGCUGAAGGUAAUUCUCGUUUGAUUGCAAAAUUCAGCACAACAGAGAUUACAGUUGCUAUUCAAGCCUUAGGAAAAAAUAAGGCUCCUGGACCAGAUGGUUUCACAGUGGAAUUUAUUCUUCAUUUCUGGAACUUGUUGAAGGAUGGAUUUAAAGAUGUCUUCGAGGAAUUCUAUCACAACGGAAAAAUAGUAUUUACUGCUCCUUCUCGACCACUGGUCUUGCAACAGAUAGAAGCAUGCCAUAAUAUUGUCGGUAUACCACAAGAGUGGACCAUUGACAUGACCGGCCUGAUAAAUCCGGCAAAAAGAGCAGGUUUUUGGAAAAGUAAAAGAGUUUUCUUUGUUACACCACAAGUGCUAGAGAAGGAUAUUCAAUCAGGCACAUGUUUGGUGAAAUACCUGGUUUGCUUAGUGAUUGAUGAAGCUCAUCGAGCACUUGGAAAUUACUCUUACUGUGUUGCAGUUCGUGAGUUAAUGAUGGUACCUGUGCCACUAAGAAUACUAGCCUUAACUGCCACACCAGGAUCAAAGCAGCAGGGUAUUCAGCAAAUCAUUGACAACUUACACAUUUCAACCCUUCAAUAUCGUGAUGAAAGUGAUCAUGAUGUCAGUCCAUAUGUUCAUGACAGGAAAAUAGAAUUGAUUGAAGUUCCAAUGGGAGAAGAUGCUGAUGAGAUAAAUAAUAAGCUCUUGGAAGCUAUGCGUCCAUUUGUGGCUAAACUUUGCUCAAUAGGAAUUCUCCCCAACAGAGAUUAUAGAACGUUGAGCCCAUGUGAUUUACUGAACUCCAGGGAUAAAUUUCGUCAAGCACCCCCACCAGUCCAUCCACACAUUAAGUAUCAAGAUGUGGAAGGUUUCUUUGGAGUACUCAUUACGCUAUACCAUAUACGUAAGUUACUUUCGAGCCAUGGAAUAAGGCCAGCAUCUGAGAUGCUUGAAGAGAAGCUACAACAAGGGUCUUUUGCAAGAUUUAUGAGCAAAAAUCAUCAUAUCUGCAAAGUGAGACUCAUAAUGGAGAAGAGCUUGACCCAUGGUGCACCAAGUCCCAAAUUGUCCAAAAUGAUGGAAGUAUUGGUCGACCAUUUUAAAACUAAGGAUCCACAAGAUUCAAGGGUGAUUAUAUUCUCAAACUUCAGGGGGAGUGUAAGGGACAUUAUGAGUGCACUAUCCAAGAUUGAAGACAUUAUCAGAGCUACUGAGUUUAUUGGUCAAAGCUCAGGAAAAUUUCUCAAAGGUCAAUCACAAAAGGUUCAACAGGCUGUAUUGGAGAAAUUUCGUGCUGGCGGGUACAAUGUCAUUGUUGCCACAUGUAUUGGCGAAGAAGGUCUUGAUAUAAUGGAAGUUGAUCUUGUCAUCUGUUUUGAUGCAAACAUUUCACCAAUAAGAAUGAUUCAACGGAUGGGUAGAACUGGAAGGAAGCAUGAUGGACGAGUGGUAGUUUUAGCGUGUGAAGGGUCAGAAUUGAAGGGUUACAUGAAAAAACAAACAACAAGCAAGUCUAUAAAGAAACACAUGCAAAAUGGGGGAAUAAAUAGCUUCAACUUUCAUGCUAGCUCUAGAAUGAUUCCACAUACUAUCAAACCAGAAGUUCAGUUUGUUAAGCUGUCUAUCAAACAAUUUGUUCGACCUGGAAAGAAAGUGAAAGAUGAUCUUGCUGUUCAGAUAACAUCAUUUGAGAGCAAGCUAACUGAUACUGAGACUGAGUUACUUCUCAAGUAUUUUCAUCCUUGUGAAGAUGCAUGGAGGCCGUCCCUUAUUGCCUUCCCCCACUUCCAGACUUUUCCCUCGAGAGCCCAUGGAGUAAUGCAUUCAUGUAGAACAAUGGUUCUAAUUGAUACAAUGCAACACUUGCAAAGACUGCAUUUUUCUAGAGAACCCGAAUCAUUCUCUGUUCAGCGUGGUUGGAUUCAGGAGAAAUCAUGCAUUAGAGAACUAUUUGAAGCAGGCCAGGUCGAAAAAUGUAGCAGCAAAAGAGGUUCAAUAAAUGAAGUCAACGCAUCAAAAGCAGAAUUAGAAGGGCUUGUGCAUCCUGAAGUCUCAGCACCUCCAAAUCCUGCAGAAAAUAAUUGUAGUAAAUUGUUGAGUUCUUCGGAGCUAGGUUCUUAUUGUUUAAGAACUGCUCAGGACUUAAUUGUGCCGACUGAAGCUGUCAACGAGCCAACAACUUCUCAAACAAAACUCUCACUGGAUGAGGUUUUGUCAAGCCCUGGAUUAGAUGGUGUAACUGUCUUGGAAGAUAAAGCAAUUAAUCUGAUUGAGAAAAUUCAUCAAGGCACUCUCUUGAAGAGAACUUUUAAUAAAGAAGAUACUGCCGAUGAAAAGCCUGUUUCAGGAAUCGAGCCACAAUUCCCCCCCGUUGAUGAAAGCAGUAUAAUUGAGACUCAGAUUAGUCCUCGACUCACUAAUUUAAUCGAAAGUGGUGUUGUACCAGAUUCACCAAUUGAUGAUUGUGGAUAUUCUAGACGACAGAUAUGUGAAUCAACAAGUCCUGGGAUAAAUGAAAGAAUUAAUUGUAAUGGAGGCUUCUGUGCUGGAAAUGACGUUUUUCUCACUAGCAGUGAAGGUCGACCUUCUAUGCUCGAGGAUAAUGAGAGUGUGGGUAUAAAAUCACAUGCCUCUAUAUCUCCUAUGGUUGAUGAAACACAAACUCCCUUGGCCAUUGUUGCAAGCAGUUGUGAUAAUGAAGAUUUGAAUUUAGUUAAUGGAGGAAAGUUCAGCAGUGUUCAGAAGCCCCGCAAAUUCAAAAGAUUGCGAAAGGUUGGAGACAUGAUGAAAAACGAAAACAUCGAAAGCACGGAAAAAACUUCAUUUUCUCCGUUGGGAAACAUGGUCGGAACUUCUAGCACCAGACAAUUAAAGAAUGAGAAACGUGAUGGUGAAAGGAGAUUUGAUGACAAUGUUAGAGCAUUUAUUGAGGAGGAAGCUGAGGUCUCUUCGGAUGCUACCGUAUCUGAGGACGAAGAUGACAAGAUUAAGAGCUCGUUUGAUAGUUUCAUAGAUGACAGGGUUAGUGCUAGUGCCACAUGUACUCAAGAUGAAAUAUGCAGACCUGAUAUGAUGGCAAUUUACAGACGUUCUUUGCUAAGUCAAUCACCAUUUGGGAGGCUGACUUCACCCCUCGCGACCAGGGUAACUGAAAGUGAAACUUCUCCUGGCAAGACAUUGAAUAUUUUCGAGUCAACUUUAACAGGCAAUGUCAAUCAGUCUCACAUACUGCAUUCCGAACAUAUCAAAAUGAACUGUAGCCCAGAAAUUGUAAUUUCUGCAACUGGUGUCUGCCCAAGAGCGACAGAAGUGGAAAUCAUGAAUAGAAAUUCAACAUUUUGUGCAUCAGAAUCUGUUCCUGUACUUAAUUUGGAUAAACAGUUUGAGUUGGUGGUGGCAGGCAGAGAAUCGAUAAGCGAUGUAGAUGUAAAUAGAAAUCUGUUCAUUGAUGAUGAUGAAUUUUAUGAAGGUAUUGACCUUGACGCAGUUGAGGCCGAGGCAAAAUUGCUCCUUGAAAAGAAAGUUGAGUUGCCUCAGAUAAUGGAUACCCAGCAACAGCAGAAUCUUCAUCUUGACACUUCUCCAUCCUUUGAUCUUGGGAUAUGACCAUUUUUUGUGUCCAUGACUUGUUUAAGUACUGUAAUUUGCCGGAAAAUAUAAUCAGGGAAGUUUUGUAUUAUUUGUAGGACUCUUACUAGUCUCUCCUGAUUUUCUUCGUGAUUAAUGGCACAUAUGCUUAAGUUAUGAUUUAGUAGUUGGGUCGGGAGGAGUAUGUAAAAAACAACUACCUACGUUGUUCAAAAGUUAUCGAAAUAAAAACUAUAGUUUUUGUUGUUACUUUAUA